CACACAUUAUUAUUCAUCACCAAAAAAAAAGUUCCAAUAUUCAGCAGAAAUUGGGAGCUAAGCAAAAAAGGAAGAAUGAAACUGAAGGAAAAAGAUUUCGCAGUGAACCAAAUGGGAAGAGUGAUCAUAAUCCCUGAAGAAUCCGACGACCUAUGGAUGCUCUACAACAUCAUCAACCCCGGCGAUUACGUCACGGCCGAUACCUCCCGGAAGGUCCACCACCAACUCAACGACGGCAGGAACACCACCGCCUCACGUGUCAGGCUCUCUGUCCACCUCAAGGUCACCUGCGGCGACUUCGACAAGGACUCUUCCACCCUUCGCAUCCAAGGCCGCAAUCUCGAGCCCAACGGUUAUGUUGCCGUCGGAUCCUUUCACACCCUCACGUUGGAGUGCAACAAACCCUUCGAGCUCCACAAGAAGGUCUGGAAGCAAGACGUCGUCGAGGCUCUCCAGGAACGAGAGAACCACGAAGUUUGUCCCGACGCGGAACUCGCAGUAACUCUCUUUCAACAAGACCAUGCUGAGAUUUAUCUAAUUGGAAAAGGCGUAACCGCCAUGGUUUCCAAGGUUGAAACCUCUUCUUCCAGUACCGAAGGAAGAAAGUCUUCAUCUUCAUCUCCUUCUUCAAACACUACGAAGAACGUGUUCUUCCGCGAGGUUUUUGCGGAGUUCAUAAAGUACGUGGAUCUGAACAAGGUUAAGAACACUGUGAUCGCAAGCGAGGAUUCGAAAAAGGACGAGUUUCGAAGGUUUAUGAUAUCGAAGGCAAAGAGGAUGAAGAUGAGAAGCGUAGAAGAGAACAUAGGAAGGAUCGUGGUGGCUGCUGGUGGUGGUUGCAACGGCAAUUUGAAGGAUCUUUUGGGAGAAAGCACGGUGAUGAACCUUAUGAAGGACAGCAAGGUAGGGUUGCAGAUUAGGGCACUGAGGAAGGUUUGGGACAUGGUUUCGAGUGACUCGGAUCGAGCUUGCUACGGACCGAAGAGCGUGGAGAGUGCGCAGGAGAUGGGAGCCAUUGAAACGCUUCUGAUCAGUGAUGAGCUGUAUCGGAGCGAUGAGGUUGCCACGAGGAAGAGGUACGGUUGUUUGGUGAAGGCUGUUAGGGAUAGUGGUGGGGAAGCUUUGGUGUACUCUUCCAUGCAUGUUAUGGCAGAGCAGUUGCAGCAACUCACCGGUAUUGCCGCCAUUCUCAGUUUGAAGUAUAUAAAACUCUCUGCUAUCUCCUUGAUCAACUCAGUCGUCGGCACUUUCGCUUUCGGCUUCAUGCUUGGCAUGGGAAGCGCAACGGAGACACUGUGCGGGCAAGCUUUUGGGGCAGGGCAGGUUGAAAUGCUGGGUGUGUACUUGCAACGGUCAUGGGCAAUCCUGUCGGUGACCAGUCUUUUGCUAAUGCCAAUAUACAUAUUUGCUGCUCCAAUCCUGAAGUUUCUGGGGCAACAGCAUGAUAUAGCUGACAGAGCAGGAAGCUUUGCUCCCCUUGUAAUCCCCCAAUUUCUCUCACUUGCAUUCAAUUUUCCAACCCAGAAGUUCCUUCAGGCGCAAAGCAAGGUCAAUAUCAUCGCCUGGAUUGGCUUCUUCGCGCUAAUCCUGCACGUUGUGAUGCUGUGGCUCUUCAUCUAUGUGCUGCAAUUAGGCUUAACUGGUGCAGCAUUGGCAUUUGAUAUCACAAGCUGGGUGAUAACAUUGGCUCAACUUGCUUAUGUCUUUUUUUGGUGCAAGGAAGGUUGGCAUGGAUUGUCAUGGAAGGCCUUGAAAGAUAUAUGGCCCUUUGUUAGGCUCUCCCUUGAAUCUGCUGUCAUGCUUUGUCUUGAAGUUUGGUAUAUGAUGAGCCUCAUUGUUCUUGCUGGCCACCUUGAUAAUGCAGUCAUAGCUGUUGAUUCCCUCUCUAUAUGCAUGAAUUUGAAUGGGUGGGAGUUCAUGAUCUUUAUUGGAGUAAAUGCUGCUGUCAGUGUGAGAGCUUCCAACGAACUGGGACUUGGACAUCCAAGAGCUGCCAAAUACUCUGUCUAUGUGAUAACACUUCAGUCCUUUCUAAUUGGAAUCCUUUGCAUGGUGGCUAUUUUGAUAUUUAGAGAUUCUUUCGCCGUCAUCUUCACUAGCAGCAAGCCUUUGCAAGAAUUGGUCACAAAACUCGCAUACUUCCUUUCUGUUACUAUGAUUCUAAACAGCAUUCAACCAGUUAUUUCAGGUGUUGCUGUUGGAGGUGGGUGGCAGGCACUGGUGGCUUACAUCAAUGUAGGUUGUUACCAUGUGUUUGGACUUCCACUGGGGUUUAUUCUUGGUUAUAAAGUUAACUUGGGAGUUAAGGGACUUUGGGGAGGUAUGAUAUGUGGAAUUGCUCUGCAAACAUUGCUGCUUUUGUUGAUACUUUACAAGACCAAUCGGAAGAAAGAGGUGGAACAAACAGAUGAAAGAAUGAGGAAGUGGGGGGGGACAAGAAAUCAAAGUUGAUAGGAGAGUGGGUUCUGCGGAAGCUUGAUUUGAUUCUCUCUCACUUCCAUUCUGGUCAAAUUCAUUCUUCCAUUUUCACAUUGUAAUGCUAAUAGCUACUUUUUAAAUAGCGAGCAAAAUAGUUUAAUGCUUUGUUAUCUGAUGAGAACGGUAUAUUUUUCCA